AGUCCGACUCCGCCUUUUUUGAUUUUAUUAUACCUUCCAUUCGCUUGACGGCCAAGUGACGCCGAGUAACAACAUUCUAUUGGAAUAGACAACAUACAGUUGACAACAUGUACGUGAAAGCACUUCUACUACUUGUCUUCGUCGUGGCCGUUUCUUCGAUGAGUUUACAAACCGCCGAUGAAGGUCAACAAUUUAAAAGAACUCAAACGGAAGACGACGAAUCAAGAGCUACCUGGUUGGACACAAGGGAAGAUCUCUUAUCAAAUUUCAAGAACUUCGUCUAUUCCUCUGUUGUCGAAUUGGUUAACGAGAAUAAAUUAGAUGGCUCUGUUCUAAGCGCACCAUCAAAAGACAAAAGAGGACGCUGGCAAGGAUUCUGUUUCAGGAGAAAUAAGCAAGGAAAAUUCUUACCAUACAUUUGCUGGAAAGGAGGUAAAUAAACAGCACCGUUGAUCGGAAGAGGACGAAAUGAGGCAGACCAUUCGAAUAAACAUUAGAGCUUUAUUAUAUUUCCUUAUUCGUUCCAUCCUAAAAGUCAUCUGGCUGCAGAGUCUACCUACUUUUUUCCGUAUGUUCAUCCCAACACCUUCCACUAUUACUACUACUACUAGUACUACUACUUUUCUUCUGUCUCUUAAUUAUUCGACCUUUGUUUUGUUUCUUUCACUUUAAAGUAGAACUUAUUCGUUGCACAGUCACAUUCGAAUACAAUUGGCGCCAUCUGGCAGCCCUUCAAAAAAAUUGCCUUUAGUUUAUAUCCUUAUAAAGUUAGGAGAUACAAUUUUCUUACGCAGGAACAAUAUAAGCCUAAUUAUACUAAAAUUUAAUAGGGAAUAGAGGACAAUGUGUUUAUGAUUUUAUUCCAUAGGCGUAUUACAAGUUGGGAGGUGCGAAGGAGACGGAGUGGAGGAAAAAAGAUUUCCCACCUGUCAUCAAUCCCUCAUCAACCCUAUUAGCUCGCGUAAGGUAGCAAAAUACAAGGGAAUUUUGUAAUAAGUGGAACGGAAUUA